AACUGAUCUACUGACACUGACUGCAACUGGUCAUCGCAUAUGGCAAUAUUUUCAUUUUGAUUUUUGUAUUAUAUUUCUGUUUACUAGCACUAAUAGUUCAUGCAAAUUACUGAUAUUGACUUGAUAACUAAUUGUGUACUCCGCCUUAAGCAAUCGAGAAGAAAAAUUGUUAUUGGGUGCCUUGAAAAGUUUAGAAAUCCUUGUCUCAUGUCCUAAAUUACUAGAAACACUUUUUGUUUUAAAUAUGGAAACAGAUCAGGCGUUUCCUGAAGCGAUUCUCUACGAACUUAUCUGCUGUGGAGAGUGGAGGGACGAACGAGAGGAACAACACUCUCAACUGCUGCCAAAUAAUCAAAACCCUGCUGGGAAUCUGUUGUCGUACUUCAACCCGUCCAAACUUAUUAGAAAACGACAAUUUUCUAUUGCUGAAUCUGUAAAAUGGUUAAAAUCAGUUGGACCUUCUUGGCAAGUGUCGCUAUCGCCGAAUGGCAACGUGGUGGCCCUACUGCAAACAAUUUCGCUGGAAACGCGAUCCUAUAAAGAAGGAUUCUCGUCAAUUAUGGGACGCACUGUUGUACUAAAGGACCCGAACCCUUCAUGUCGACAUAUAGCAUGGAGUUUAGAUUCUUCGAUGGUGGCAAUCUCAUUUUCCAAUGGACAACUAAUAUUCUAUGACACAAUGGCUGUUCAACUCUUUUCUGUCCUUCGAUGUGUUCUUCCAAGUCAAGAAGAGCUAUCGGCAAAUAUAUUUUCAGUCGAGAAUGAUUUAGCUGGCUUGUUCUUUGCUAGUGAGCGAGUGAAAAAGAAUUCCUACACCAAUGAAUUGAUUAGCUUGGAUACGAAGGGAUUCAUCAAGUGCUUCCGACAAACAAGUGCGGAUCAAAUGACAUUUCACCAUGACGCAUCGAUAAGAAGAUAUUACCCAAGAGGUGUUUAUUCUAGCACAUAUAUUGAAAAGUUUGCCAUUCUACUGAUCGCCGGAGUUUUAGAAAUGGAAUCAAGGCUUGACGCUUGUCACAGUUUUGGAAUAAGUGCAUGGAGAUUAAUCAAUGAUGUCCCGUACUACAAAAUUCUUUUCAAUGUACCCUCUGACGAAUUUCGAAUGGAUUCAAGGAGAUCAUGGAAAACCACCAUGUCGUCCUUAUUUUCAGACACUAUGAAAUCAGAGGAUGCCAUUUUUAAAAUGAUUCCAUCACCAAGUAUGGCACAUGUGGCAACCAUUCAUUCCUCGGGAACCAUCUCAAUAUGGCAUCUACCUUCACUGAAAUUAUUUAGGAGCUGGCCUCUUAAAAAUCAAUUUCAUCACUGGACUGAAAAUUCCCGUUUUAAUAAUCGAUGGCGACUUACAUUUAAUCGCUGGAAUGAAGAAAAAAUUGACAACUGGAGAUUUCAUCCAUUGGAUUUAAAUUGGUGGAAUGACAAUAUUGUCAUAAUUGCAAGAGUGAACGGAUGUGUAUCAUUAUGUUCCAUUGAUGAAGAGCUCCCCACAAAAAACCUUUUGGGAGAUUCUCCCGAAAUUUUUGAAAGUCCUGUAUUUCUUACUCCCAAGAAAAUGAAAGGCUUCUUGGCACUGGAAUGUGAAUUCAAGUUGAAGAUGGAUGACAAAAGAAACUCAAAUGGAGAUAUUAUUGAAAUGUCUGAGACGGCUUGCCUAGAACUCUUGGAUGCUUAUGAUGCACAGUUUUUACCCAAAACGCUUAUUCAAGAAGUUUUGUUUUGGAUAACAGAUAUUGAGCAAUUUCGUCCACCUCGGAAACGAAAAAGAAAAUCCCCGACAUGGAAAGAGACUCAUAGAAUAUUCUUGCUUAGAAAUAUUACCCCGCAAGAGUUGUUUCAUCAGAAAAUAGAAGCAGAAGAGUAUGGAGAAGCAUUAGAUUUGGCAAGAGCGUACAAGUUGGAUUCUGACCUUGUUUAUCAACGACAAUGGUCUAAAUCCCCUGUUUCUGUUAACACGAUUCGUGACUAUCUCGGAAAAAUUAAGAAGCGAAAUUGGGUUCUGCAAGAGUGCUUGGAACGAAUACCACCCAAUGCAGACGCCGCCAGAGAACUUCUUACGUUUGGUUUGCAGGGAACAGACUUGAGAGCUGCGGUACUAAUUAGUCAAGGGAGAGACAAAGGGUUGUUUCAGUUGUUGACACCAGACGAUCUUGAUAUAUCCACUGAUCAAUACCUUAUGUUGGUGGAUGGGGACAACUUGGAAGUAAAACGACUACUGAGCUACCGUAAACAAUUUUUGUACUACAUUGAUAUGCUGGAUACCUAUGAGCUCAUGGUAGGAGGUCCUCGUAUGGUAGAAGAAAAUUUCGACGGACCUUCCUAUGCCAAGUUACGAAGCAGGAGACCAGCCGAAUCAGCAGUGGACAUGGCAAGAACAAGUGAUGUUGCAGCGUUAAGAAUUUUACUUGUGCAUCAUUGGUUUGAAAUUGCACAACAGUACCUUUCAGUGAUAUCUAGUUUUCCGGAAACUACGUCGCCUAUAGACUAUAGCGAGUUUCUUCCCGAAAUAAGUGUGGAUGGGCACGUUUUGUUGUGGGAUGACUAUGUUUUGAAAGAACGAGACUGGUGUGAACGAUUUCUUGAAGGUGGUGAAAAGUUAAGGAGAUCAUCCGCUGGGAGCAUAGAAAUGGAAUCUUCAGUUGAUCGGAUUGCGUCAUGGUAUGAGGGAAGAAUCCAUGAAAUUGAAAAGCUUAGUGGUAUUACUAGCUACUCGUUGGAUCUAGCUAAAUUAGGAGUCCAGAGAAAUAUACCUGGGCUCGAACGACUUGUAAAGGACUUGGAAGUGGUAGAAAUUAUGGUAUAUGAUGCUAAAGUUGAUAUCACUUUAGAGAAAUUGGAAGAACUCAGCCCUAUCGAUCGCCUCCACAUCUUGAUGUCCAAUACAACAGAGGAAAACUUUAUUGCUCAUAUUCGAGACUAUGUAAUGCCAUUUCUUCACAAGUGUGAACUGCAAGAGCAAGGAUCGCGUUUUCAUAUUCUGGACCAGUACCUCACUUCUAUUUCUACUCAUAAUUUGACAAAAUCUCUACAGAUAUUCGAAAAUUCUCGACCCGGAUGCUCGGACCCAAUUGUAACUGAUACAAGCGAACUGAUGCUACUUGCCAAAAAUUGUAUUUAUGCCUGUGAAAAUGCCAAACAAAUUGAAAAUGUUUUGGCAAUUCUUACAUGCCUCCCUGAAAGACAUCGGGGGGUUGUUAACGACGGGCUGCAAGCAUUACAUGAUAGUAUCCAAGACAUGGAGCUUCAUUAUCAGGGUGUCAAAAUAUUAGACAAGUACAACAUCGGAAUAUCAAUUCAGAAAUUGAAGGAGGUCGCAUUAGUUGCUGAUGAAAGUGAUGCCGAGAUUGAACUUUUUUUCAAAAACAUUUGUGAUACUUCCCUUCACAUGAAACCUCCCAUGAAAAUAAAUGAAUGGAAGUCGUUGCUGUAUGAUGUUCUAGAUUUGCAGAAGAAAGUUUUCAAAGCGUUUUCAUUGGAGCGUUGUUUCGAGUUAUACGUGGAAGCAUUACUUCGAAGUGGUUCCGCAGAAAUCAUCAGUUUAGCACGAGAUUUUAUUGACCACCAAACGCCUGACAUCACUGAAAAUGAUGAAGACAUCAGCAACACAACUUCCAACAACUUCAAAACGUUAAUUCGAAGAGUCAGUUCAGCAUAUUCUACGGCCUUUGCCUUGUAUUUAUACCUUAUUCCUUAUCCAAAAAGCCUCAAUAUGGUCAUGGCUGCCGCAUACCAUUACUUUGACUCGGCGUCGAAUUAUGCAGAUCCAGAUAUUGAAUUGUGUAAGGUGUGUCUUAAUCUAAUGCAAAACCCGAAAGACCCAGAAGUGUCUCAAAUUUAUGACCUGAUCGAUGCUGUCAAGAUUGUAAACAAGGACUUUCGGCUAAACAUUCUUCCUCAAAAUGUACGCCUAGCUCGUGACAAAAUGAAAUUGAUACAGCAAACAAUGGAACAUACUGUUGAUGGAUAUAAGAAAGUUCAGCAACUGUUAACCUUGGCAAUGUUUUUGAACCUGGGGGAACAAAAUAUAUCUGUUACCGAGAGUAAGAUUUAUGAACUGUGUGGGAAUGCUGCACUUUCGUAUCGAGAUAUGAAGUACUGCGUUCAAAUUUGUGAAAACAUCAUCGCUAAAGGAUAUGAGAUGGGAUGGCAAAUUUUUGCUGCCACUGCAAAAUACGAAAGCGAUCCUCCUAUUUUAGACGUUGGGACUCGUUUAGCAUUUAUUAAUUACGCUCUCAACAUGUGUCCUGAUGACGAAAUUUUAAACGUGUUAAAUUCCAAAUACCUUAUAGAAAUCCGAAGCCUGCAAAAAAAUAUAUCCGACUUGUCAUCACCAGAGUCUUCUGAACUGGAUGCUCCUCUUGUUGCUGCAUCAGAUACACCAGAUAUGCUGAAUCCCGUAAAAUUAAACGAAUUUUUGAGCACAAGUACUAGAUUGAUAAGUUCUUUAAAAGAUGUUGCUCACGUUGUCACAACGGGCACCGGGACCCUUCUAAAUCCCUCAAAAUUAGCAGGAUUAACAUCUCGUUUUCUGACAGACUCAAAGUUGGAGAUGGGUGGUUCGUCAAGUGCAAAACUAAUCAACGAAAGCAGCCUCACUAACUCAUUCAUUCUUGAGUCAUAUCCAUUCUUCUACUUCAACGAAAAUGAACUAAAAUCUAGAUAUCUUCACCCAAGCCUGUUGGCAUUUAAGUAUGACUCCUUCUCUGGUGCAACUCACGAAGAUUAUGUAUCCUCCAAUCCGACCUUACAAUUAUGCUUUUCAUUAAAUCGAAUAUGGCACUGCGAAAGAAGUUUGUUGGGGAUUGAAGAAUGUGGCGAGAGAGAUGGAAGUGUUCUGGAACAAUUAGUGCUGAUGAUAUUGCCCGAGGACUUGCUUUGGGGAUUAGCCAUCUUGUUUUCAAUUGAGGAUUUGGAUGUCAUACAGUCUGUACUAUCUAAAAUUCCUGUAACUCCAGUGUCAAAUAGCGUGAUUAUAUACUAUUUAUCCUUGCUAAUUGCAAAAAGAAUGGACCGACUAGAAUCAACGCUCCAAAAGGACCCCAAUAAAAUACCCUCUGAAACAAAAUUAUUUUUACAAAGUGUUGGGAAUUGUAUGGACGAUGAAUAUCUAAUGAAAUUGUCGGACCUUUUUAAUCAUUAUCGAGGAAGAAGUAAAAACGUGGCGUAACAAAUUUAUUUAAAAGACCAAACUCUUAAGGAAAAAUUAUUACAUGUAUUUGUAUGCAUUGUGUGAUAGUUAUUGGGAGAGGGUGUAAUUUUUCUUACUAGGAAAAUAAAUUUAGUGUGUACACCUAGUCGAAAUUA